AUGAUAAAGAAUCCGAAAUACAAAGGAAAAUGGUCUCCACCUUUAAUUAAGAAUCCUUUGUUCAAACAUAAGUGGGAACCAAAGAUGAUUUUGAACCCUAAGUUCACUCAUGACCAUAAUUAUUCACUUCCUGGAAUUACUGGAUUUUCAUUUAAUAUUUGGUCGGUUUGGCAUGAUGUUUUAGUUACAAAUUUAUUGGUUUCGCAUAAUGAGACAUUAGUUAAACGCUGGAAUCUUGAAGAUUUCGCACAGAGACAAAGAUUCUUAAUCAAAAAGAUGAAAAUCGCUUAUGACUGGAUAAAUAUCGAUGAAGAACUUGAAAUUCCACCAGAACCAGGAAUGAUGAAUAAGAUUGUAUACUAUUCCAAGCGUUUCCAGAAAUAUUACGAUUCAAUUGAGUACAAACCUGUAUAUUACACAAUUCUUUUAGCAUUUUUAUUCAUUGGAAUUACAUUCUUAUAUAUUCUCUACGAAAUCUUGUUUGGAACUGUUGAUCAUCUCAAACUUGAAUAA